UGCGCGGUCGUCGCGUCGGUUUCGCGUUUAUGCUUGUCGCCGUUUUGUCGUCGUCGUCGUCGUCGUCGUCAUCGCCGUGGUCGUCAGUUAGCUAGUUGCAACUGUAACGUAACAGUCGCUAUGUAUCGUCGUCGUCGCCUGGCAGCAGCUAGUUUCAUCUUCGAAGUGGGCAAACAACAGCAACAACAACAAACUAAAUUGUUUAACAACAACAGCAACUAAAGACAAAUUGAAAGCCAAGCUUAGUUGCUUUACUUUGACAACAGUUUCAUAUAAAAUAAACAGUUAACAGCCCAUUUAAUUUUAAUUAUUGUACUUAGCUUAAUAAUCCGCAAGUAUUGUUCGCAAUCCUGGAUUAUUUGCUAAAAACUUUGCGCACGCUGAAAUCCAAUUCGAUUAUGGCCGAGAAUCAAAGUGCUGCCAACGAAGAUUCUGGUCAGCAACAACAGCAACAACAACAACAACAGCAGCAGCAGCAUCAACAACAACUGCCAGCAACAGCAGCAACUGUAAGCAGCAGCAGCACUCACGCUAGUGGCAGCAAUUCGGCCGCUUCAUCACCCGAAAACUCGCAAGAAUCACGCAGCAUUGUAGCAGCAGCAACAACAGCAGCAUCAGCAGCAGCAACAACCGCAACCACAGGCCUGGCAGCAGCAGCAGCAACCAUUGCAAGCACACGCCGGCAACAGCUACGCAUUAGCAGCAGCGGCGGCAACAGCAACAACAUGUUCGAUCGUCAUUUGAAUGCCAAGUUCAAGCCCGGCAGUGGCGCCACAGUGCCUGGCAACACGCCCGUGCCCCGUCGCAAUUCCAUACAAACGCCCGCGCGCAGCGUUGUCAACAACAGCAGCAGCGGCGGCGGCAGCAACAACAAGAAGCCGCCAUUGACUAAGGUCAACUCGCUGGGCGGCAGCAAUGCGCAUCACAAUCAUCAUCAUCAGCAGCAGCAGCAGCAGCAACAUCAUCAUUUGCAUCAUAGCAACAACAUACAGCGCACCACAAGCGAAAGUUUGCGCUUGCAUGCGCUGAACAGCGGCGUGACUGCCGCUCUGACUGAGGCCAUAACGUCGGUGGUGACGCGCAGCAACAGCAGCAAUAGCAGCGUGCGGCAGCAGCACAACAUUAGGCGCCCAAAACCACCAGCAGCAGCAACAGCAGGCAGCAACAAUAGCAACACCAGCAACACUACUAGCAAGGCAAGCUCGCCGAAUAAUAAUGGAGCAGCUGCCACAGCGCGUGGCAUGUCGGAGCAGCCGCCAGCACAUCAACAUCAACAUCAGCAUCAUCAUCAUCAUCACCAUCAUCAUCACCAGCACACUAGCCACAGUGUGGGGCAUGCAGCAACAACUGGCACAGCAACAGCUGCUGCUGCUGCUGCUGCUGGUGCUGGUGCUGGUGGUGCAACAAGCACAGCAACUGCUGCUGCUGCCUCCACUGGUGGUGGCGGUGGCGGUGGCAAUCGCAAACCAAAGACAACUUCCUCAUUUCAAAUCACCUCGGUUACAGUGGGGCACGCCAAGCUGCAUAACGCUGGCGGCGACACUGGCGACGAGUCUGCCGACGAUAUUGAUGAAUCUCAUACCGAUGACAACAGUCGCAUUACCGAUCUAGAGAACGAGACGCCUUCCAUGUCCGAGGACACGUACUCCAAAGAGGAAGUAUACUAUGCCAACAAUGCAUUGAGCACCACAGCGCCCGUCAUCCCGACCAGCUCGCAAUACGGACUGGUUGUGGUCGAUCCCAUAAAUCCCGCCACGCUCGGCUUGGGCCAGACCAUACAGAAUGUGCAGGUGAAUGUCUCGGACAACAUAAUCAAUGUGGUGAGUGCAGCGGUCACGCCUGGUGGCAGCAAAAAGAAGCAGGAGGAGCUGAAGGAGACGCAACAUCGCAGCGAGCGCUUCAAGGUGGUCAAGAUUGAAUCGACGGAGCCGUUCAAGCGCGGCCGCUGGAUGUGCAUGGAUUACUUGGAUCACUCCAGUGUGGGUGCGGCCAAUAAUAACGAAAAGACUGGCAAUGCUGAGACAGCUGGAGGCGCCACCAACCAAGAAGGUGAAGCUGCGCCCAAGACUACGCAGAGCAUGAUACUGCCGCCCAGCAUGUUGCAUGAGCCGCAGCAGCUGGAGCUGGUUGCUGCCUCCACAGAUGCCAAUUGGAACUUUACGGAGCAGCAGCAGCAGCAGCAACAACAGGCGCAGCAGCAGCUACAAGCAACAGUUGCCGAUGUGCAGCCCAGCGGCGUAAUGACAGCGCCAGCAACUGUUGUGCAUGGCAUGCAACAAUUUGUGGCAGCAGCACAUAGCGAGCAGCAGCAGCAGCUCUAUGACAGCGUCAAUGCCAAUGCUGCUGCGGCUGCUGCUGCUGUCACGCCCAACACCAACACCGAUGGCAAUACGCCACAUGGCCAGACAUUGCCAAUGGAUUAUGCCACAGCAGCAGCGCAGCAGCUGCAACAGUCGCUGCAGCAGCUGAAGCAGCAAGAGCAAGCUGUUGCUGCCUCGCUGGAUGUGGCAGGCAAUGCUGCAACAGCAACAUUUAUGCCCGCAGCACAGUUUCAAAACGGCGCCGACAACAACAGCAGCAACAACAACAAUAACGCUGGAGUGACCGCAGCAGCAGCCGCCGCAGCAGCUGCUAGUCAGCCACAAGGACAAACAUUGCCGGUGCUAGCGCACAUGCUAAGCUAUGAGCCUGCUGCAGGUGUAGCAGCAGCCACUGUGGCAGCAGCAACAGCAGCAGGCGCGUUGCCUGCGCUGCAGCUACAAAGCGCACCAGCAACCAUGGCUGAUGUGCAGCAGCAGUUGCUGCUGGACGAACAACUGUCAACAAUAAACGCGAGUGUUAGUGCCAAUAAUAGUAACAUUAAUUUAACAAAUGCAAAUAUUGCAACAACUGCAGCAGCAGCAACAACAGCUGCAACAGCAGCAGCAACAACUGCUGAGGGAACGACAACAGCGCUUACUUUGAGCGACGAAACGACAGCAACAACAGCUGCUGCUACAACAGCAACAUCUUCAACAACAACACAGCAGCAAAUUCAACAGCUACAGCAGCAACCAAAUGCAGAUACGGAGACUGAAAGUGCAUCUGGAACUAGUGCAGUUGCGAUUGAUAACAAAAUCGAACAGGCAAUGGAUCUGGUCAAAUCACAUCUCAUGAUCGCAGUACGCGAGGAGGUGGAAGUGUUAAAAGAGCGCAUCUCCGAGCUUAUGGACAAGAUCUCCAAUCUGGAGCUAGAGAACAACAUACUCAAGUCCAACAUGACGCCAGAGACACUGCAGCAGCUGCAGAUUCAAUUACAAAUUGCUGGCAGCCAGCAACCAGCAGCUGUGGCCGCGCCACCAGCAACACCAGCUAUCCAAGCAGCACCAACAUCAGCAGCAGCAGCAGUAACAACUGCAACAGCAACGGCAGCAACCAGUCCAGCAGCAGCAGCGCCAGCCACAAUCUUAGCCAACGGCAGCGCUGAGAACGGCAGCGUUGUUGUCGAUGCAGCAGUUGCUGCCGUCACAGUUGCUGAUGCCACAGCGGCGGCGGCGGCAGCGACCAACGGCGGCAGCGUCGCUAACAGCGGCAAUGUGCCAACAACAGCAGCUGUUAGCACAAACGGACCCAUGUCCUAAGCACACUGUUAGUUUGGUUAGUUUUGUUUAAUUUAGAGGAAAGGAAAAUUAAUUGCAAAGUCGCCCCCGCAUCGUGGGCACUGGAUUGUCGAAAUAAUGAGAGAAAAUUAAUUGUCUACUAAACUUAGUUCUACAAUUUUGUUGUGCGCUGCGCAAUGGAACGAGAGACAGAGUGAGACGGCAGCCAUAAAAACAGCAACAGCUAACAGCAGCAGCAGCAGCAACAACAACAACCAAAAGUAUUAUGAAAAGCUCAAUGCAAAGCAAGUACAACAAAUGAAAUGAGAGCGCGCUCGCUGCUGUUGAGCUGCUGUUGAGCUGCUGUUGUUUUUAGUUUGGUAAAAUC